AUGCGGCGCGCAGCCGGCGCAGCCAGGAGACCGAGGUGCUGUACCAGCUGGCACACACGCUCUUCGCGCGCGGGGUCAGCGCGCAUCUGGACAAGGCCUCCAUCAUGCGCCUCACCAUCAGCUACCUGCGCAUGCACCGCCUCUGCGCCGCAGCUGGAGCUCAUCGGACACAGUAUCUUUGAUUUCAUCCAUCCCUGCGACCAAGAGGAACUCCAAGAUGCCCUGACCCCCAGGCCAAGCCUGUCCAAGAAGAAGCUGGAAGCCCCCACAGAACGCCACUUUUCCUUGCGCAUGAAGAGCACACUCACCAGCAGAGGGCGCACGCUCAACCUCAAAGCUGCCACCUGGAAGGUGCUGCACUGCUCAGGACACAUGAGGGCCUACAAGCCUCCUGCACAGACGUCCCCCACCGGCAGCCCUCGCUCCGAGCCUCCCCUGCAAUGCCUGGUGCUUAUCUGUGAAGCCAUCCCCCACCCAGCCAGUCUGGAGCCCCCUCUGGGCCGGGGGGCCUUUCUCAGCCGCCACAGCCUGGACAUGAAGUUCACGUACUGCGACGAGAGGAUCGCAGAAAUCGCUGGCUACAGCCCUGACGACCUGAUUGGCUGCUCUGCCUACGAAUACAUCCAUGCACUGGACUCCGAUGCAGUCAGCAGGAGCAUCCACACUUUGCUGAGCAAGGGCCAGGCAGUAACGGGGCAGUAUCGCUUCCUGGCCCGGACCGGAGGCUACCUGUGGACUCAGACUCAGGCUACAGUGGUGUCAGGGGGACGGGGCCCCCAGUCAGAAAGUAUCAUCUGUGUCCACUUCCUGAUCAGCCGGGUAGAAGAGACGGGCGUGGUGCUGUCCCUGGAACAAACGGAGCAACACACUCGCAGACCCCCUCAGCGGGGUACCUCCUCGCAGAAGGGUAUCCCUGGCAACGGUCUAGACCCACCUGCUCCCCGGAUCCUGGCCUUCCUGCACCCUCCGGCCCUGAGUGAGGCCUCCCUGGCUGCUGACCCUCGCCGUUUCUGUAGCCCAGACCUGCGCCGCCUCAUGGCACCCAUCCUGGAUGGGCCUCCCAUAGCCACCACCCCCAGCACCCCACAGGCUACACGGAGACCCCAAAGUCCUCUUCCGGCUGAUCUCCCAGAUCAGUUGCUUGGGGGCUUAGAGAAUGCAUGCAGACUCUCCACUGCCCGGAAAAACAAGACUGUGGAGACAGAUCUAGAUAAAGCUCAGGACCCUGACACUCUGGACUUGGAGAUGCUGGCUCCCUACAUCUCCAUGGAUGAUGACUUCCAGCUCAACUCCUGCGAGCAAUUGCCCAGAACCCACCGCAGACCUGCCAGGGUGGCCCGCAGACCCCGUGCUCGGAGCUUCCAUGGCCUGUCGCCCCCCAUCCCUGAGCCCUCCCUGCUGCCCCGCUGGGGGAGUGAUCCACGACUGAACUGUUCCAGCCCCUCCAAGGGGAAUCUUCCCACAGCCUCCCUAAUGCCUGGAACUCGGAAGAGGGCCCUGGCCCAGAGCUCAGAGGACAAAGGGAUGGAGCUGCUGGAAACAAAGCCCGCCAAGCGGUCCCCUAGCCUAGAACCUGGAAGCUUCCUGCUGCCUCCCCUCAGCCUGAGUUUCCUUCUGCAAGGUCGACAAUUCCCAGGGAACCAGCGGGAUCCCAGAACCCCACUCUUGGAUUCCCGUGAGCCCUUGGGCCUAGCUCCCUCGCUGCUCUCUCUCUACCAGCAUGAGGAAACUAUCCAGCCCAGGAACCACGGCCCACCAGCAGCAGGAUUGGCCCAGGCCCCCUGAGUCAGCCCUCCUCCCAGUUCCCUGCUUCUACCCCAGAAAGGACUCAUCCAUACUCCACACCAGCAGCCCACACCCAGGAUGGGGCCUCUCUCCUCUGAGUGCCCUCCACAGCUCCCAGCCAGCCUCAGUCCUACCUCAGCCCCCCAACCCUCUGCCUUCACCCAUUCAGGGGCUUCUUGGAGUGUUCGCAGCUCAGUUACCUCUGGGAGGGGGUGUGUGACCCCCCUUCCAUCUCCUCUCAGGACUUCCCUUGGGGUUCUCCAUAGUUGGUUAUCUCACUAUCUCUUUCUCUGACUCUCUUUGCUUUAUUUGGAAGAAUGAAAGGUUCGGAGAGUCAGGGGUCUGUCUCUGAUCCUGGCCCCGUGGAGUUUGGACAACCAUAAUCACAUUUUUUUGUUUGUUUGUUUUUGUGUUUGGUUUUGGUUUUGAUUUUCCGUCACCCUUCUAUCGGCUUGACUUUGUCCUUUUCACAGUAACGCAUUCAGGUACUCUGCAUUGCACAGGGCCCACAGCAAUGCUGGACUCUGAUCUUCCCCCUCCGCGGUGGCAAAGGUGGGGAGACUCUGGGUCAGACCUCACCCCCAGUGACUUGUGGAGUCUCAGCCUUCCAAACCGCCACCCAGCUCUGCCUACCCUUUCUGCUCCUGACUUCCUGCUGGCACCAACCUUGCCUGAAUAGUGACUUCAUUUGUGAUCUUCCUAUUUUAGGGGUAGCCAGCAACUUCUUCCACUCAACAGAGCCAUAAUCUCUGACCUUCCCUGGAUCUAGAAUACUUGACUCCUGCCUUCACUGUUUGUAGACUAUACAACCACCUCUGGCCUUCCCUGGUGUUAGGCUUUACCACUUUCCAUCUUCCCUGGUUCUAGACAACAAGACUCAGGGCCAUCCUUGUGUCUAGACCAUGCAGCCCCUGGUCUUAGUUGGUUCUAGAAUGUAUGCCCUUGGGCCUUCCCUGGUUCUAGAGGCUUGGGGGCUCUCUGGUUCUAGAGUUUCCUACUUCCUGGUUCUAAAAUGUACAAUCCAUGGUUUUUCCCUGGCUCCUGGAUUCCAUACCCCUCAUCCUUUUCUGUUUCUAGACUGUGAGGCCUGUAGCCUUCCUUGGCUCUAGACUAUGCUACCAUUGGUCUCUGGUUCUAGGCUUAUGACCUCUGGCCUUCCCUUGUUCUAGACACUGUAGCCGCUGGCCACCAUGGUUCUAAACUGUGUUAUUUCUGCCGUCUUCCAUCCUAGACUGUGCAACCUCUGAUCUUCUCUCUUUCUAGUCUGUACAUUCUCUGGUCUUUUACCUGAUUUGAGACUGUACACUUUAUGACCCUACUGCUGUUCUAGACCAUGCCACUUUUCUGGCUGGCCUUUUCUCUCAUUCUAGACUGUAGGUCCUCUAAUCUUCCAUGGUUCCAGAGCAGUGGUUCUCAACCUUCCUAAUGCUGCAGCCCUUUAACACAGUUCCUCACGUUGUGGUGACGACCCCCAACCAUAAAAUUAUUUCAUUGCUACUUCAUAACUGUAAUUUUGCUACUGUUAUGAAUCAUGUAAAUAUCUGUUAGGCAGGCUAUCUGAUAGGCAAUUCCCAAAGGGGUUGAAACCCACAGGUUGAGAACCGCUGUUCUAGACUAUACAACCUGUGACUGUCUUUGAUUCUAGGCUAUGCUACCUCUGGUCUUCAUUGGUUCCAAACUAUGUGACCGCUAGCCUUCUCUGUCAUUCCCUGAUCCUAGACUGUCCUGUCAUUGACUUCCCCCUGGCUCUAGACUGCAUCACCUCCAACAUGGUCUGCUACAGACCUCAGUUUCUUCAGACCCUUCUAAUUCCAGAUCUCGUAGUCUUUAGCUCUUUCUUGGACUGGCUCUCACAGCCCCCAAUUCUGUCUGUUUUCAAAUCUCACAGUGUUUUAAAGUGUGGUUUGAGUUACAUAAUAUGUAAGGCUCUCUGGGUCUAGAGCCUACAACCACCAGAAUCUCAUCCUGUAGUUUCCUCUGGUUCUAGACUUCUUAAAAAUCCCUCUGGUUCCCAUUCCCUCUGUUCCCCGUCAUUGCAGACUGUUUGUGUGUGUGGUAUUGAGGAUUAAAUCCAGGACUUCCCACCUGCUAAGCAAGCACUCUACCACUGAGCUCUAUCUUUGUUUUAUUUUGAGACAGUACCUUGAUCGAUUGCUCAGACUAACCUUGAACUCAUUCAGUAAACCUAGGCAAAUCUUGAACUCAUGAUCCUCCUGCCUUAGCCUCCCAAGUAGCUGGGAAUUUCAGGCCUUUGAAACUGAGCCUAUUUGAUCUUAUAACUGACAGUUCCUUCUUGUUUCUAGAUCCCACAACUCCAAGCUUCCUGUUGGUUCCAGUCUUUCUGAUCUGUAAGAUAUUUGGUUUCAAAUCCAGAUCUCAUUUCUAGAUCAUUUUGGUUUCAAACCUCAUGAUAUCUAUCUUAUUUCUCUUCAGGUUUCUGUGCUCAAAAAUUCAAGAAUUGCUUUCCGCCAAUAAGGAGGGGUAAAGCGAGUUAUGUCUUGAACUUGGAGCUGGCUCUUCUGGAGCCAGACACCAUGUGCCCAUUCUCUUGGGUUCUAGAUUUCACUACCUCCAUCAUCCCCAGGUUUUAGAUUAUGCAAACUCUAGACCUUGAAACUUCCAAGAUGCUCUGUUCUCAGAUGACCUGAUGAUCUGCCUAUUACUGAGCUUCAAAUAUCAAGCCAGAGGGUAGUGGUGCACACCUUUAGUCCUAGCACUUGGGAAGCAGAGGCAGGUGGUUCUCUUCGAGUACAGCCUGGUCUAUAGAGCAAGCUCCAGGACAGCCAGGGCUACACAGAGAAACCCUGUCCUGAAAAAACAAACCAAAACAAACCAAAAAGAAAAAAAUACCUUCUGGGUUCUGUUACUGUUUUGAGACAGUGUCUCAAAACUCACUGACCAUUAAUUUACUAUGUAGUCAGGGAUGACUCAUGAUACUCCUUCACCCACCUCCCAAGUGCUGGGAUUACAUGCAUGCCUAGUUUUAUGUGGUGUUGGGGAUUGAACCCAGAGCCUCAUGCAUGCUAGGCAAGUACUCUACCAACUGAGCUACACUUAGCCUCUGUAAAUGUCUUCUCAUUCUAGACCUUGUCCCAUGAGCUCCUUUGGUUCUAGAUCCCACAAUUACUAAAUCCUCCUUGCUUCAGAUCUUAUGACUGAAAUUUCCCUGAAUCUAGAGCACAUCUUGAAAAUAUCAGUUAAUAAUGUCUUGCCUUAUAUAUUUCUCUAGUUCUAAACCUUAGAACCCUGACUCUUUCUAAUUCUAAAUUGUAAGAUCCCAAAAAUCCCUGUGGAUUCUAGAACUUAGUUUUUAGGGUUUUUUUUCCAGAGAGGAGGCAGGAUUUCACAUAGCUCAGGAUGGCCUCCAGCUCACUAUUACACAAGGAUGACCUUGAACUUCUGAUCCUCUACCCUCCACAUCUCAAAUGCUGGAAUUGCAAGUGCACAUCAUCAUACUCACUUUAUGUGGUACCAGGGAUGAAACUCAGCUUUGUGCAUGACAAGCAAGCACUCUGUCAGCUGAGACACAUGCCUUCUCCUAGGCCUUUUCUAAUUCUGCCAUUACUUGUGAGUCACUGGGGUUCUAGGCUUGUAGUUUCCAAUUGCCUCUAGCUUCCCAUAUUUCUUCCUCAGGUUCUAGAAUGCAGUCUCCAAAUGGGCUUGUUGUAGAAUGUCUCCUGUUGUAGAAUCUAGAACUCACUCUGUAGAUUCUCUUGAUCAAGAUCUCCCAUCCCUUGACUCUUUAGGUCCAAAUCUAAUCCUUCUAGCUCUGUUCUGGGCUUCCUCACUGUGCUUGUCUCGGUUCUUCCCUUAACUCUCAAGUCUUCCCAUUCCAAAUCAUCUGCUCAUGAACUUCAUGCUCAAGCCCUCCCUCCUGCCUCAUAGCCCUGAAAAUUCUCUACCCUAGAACUUCUUUCACUCCUCACCCCAAGCCUCCAGGCAUGCACUUAACCUUAACUCUACUCCAGGUAUCUAGGAACCUGGGGCUCCCUCCCCUCUUUAGGGGAUCCAUAAUCCAGCCGCACAGGCACACGCACAGCCCUAUCUGCAUAUCUUUGGGUGAGGAAAGAGGGCAGGACCCCCUCAGCUGUCGCCCACCAUCUAUGCAUCCUCCUUACCCCCAGCUCCCUUCUACAAUGGUGCUACUCUUGGUCUUCCACAGGAAAAGGCUCCCCUCUCUGUCCCAUUCAUGACUCUAAGGAAGGCACCACACAAUCUGUCUUGUCAAGAGGUGGCCUGUCCAGGUGCUACAGGGGAAAGGAUGUGAACCUCUCUCCCCUCAUGGGUUUUGUGGGCCCUCAAUAGAAGGAACUGUCCUGGUUAGGAGAGAGGAAGGACAUGGCCCAGCCAUGCUGGCUCAGAAACCCAAAACUGUCUCCAAAACCACCAUAAAGACCUCGCCUUGGUAGGCACCGGA